AGAGAGAGAGAGAGAGAGAGAGAGAGAGAGAGAGUCCUUUGCGCUCGCGGAUGAAAGCGCGAUUCGUUAAUAGGAACACGCGCCACGGGACGUGAUCCGGUCCUCUGCGUUUCCGCGCGCGCUUCGCUGAUCUCCGCUUCAUCUUUCCUCUGAGGGAAUUUUUUUUUUUAAUUUCUUCUGUUUUCUUUUCUUUGUAAAAAAAAAAAAGAGAUGCGUGCCAUCGCGUGCCAUCGCCGCCGCCCCCUCGUCUCGCCGCUCGCGCGCCCCGUCCAUCUCCUCCGCGUCCUCAUCCUCACCACCGCACGCUGUCCGCGCGCUUGACGCGGCGUCUAAUGAGAGUGUGCGCGCGGGCCGGCGGCGGCUGCGAGCAGCAUGUCCUCGCGCAAGAUCUCAUCAGAGUCGUUCAGCUCGGUCGGUUCCGACUGCCUCGAGAGUCCCGACGAUGCCGAGUGCCCGUUUUCGCGCGCCUUCUGGAACGGCCGGAGCCCCAACGACACGCGCGCGUGCCCGCUCGACGAGCAGGCUGCCACGGGAGCGAGGAGGGCCGCCCGGAGGAAGCGCGUGAACCUGGACUCGCUCGGGGAGAGCCUGAGGCGGCUCACCUCACCCACGACACAGAUGAUCCAGCAGGCUCUGCAGAGAACACUGGACUUCUACAGACAGACAAAUAACAGCGGCAGCGGUGAGGACGGGUCCGAGCAGAAAUGCACAUUAGAAAAAUGCCCGUUUGUAAACUCCCAGUCCGACAACCAAACCGACAUCUCAGGAAUUCUGCAGUACACAGCGGCAAAAGUGGGCGUGGGCUUCCCCACACUCCGGGAGCGAUUCGGAGAAGAGUUCUUUGGACUUUGCCUGGAGGAGAAUGAGCGGGUUCUCCGGGCUCUGGGUGGGAACCUGCAAGACUUCUUUAACGGCUUCGACGCUCUGCUGGAGCACGCCAGGACUUCGUAUGGGCGCAGGGCGUCUUCGGAGUCCUCGUCCUUUCUGUGCAAGGACACUGAGGAAAAUCAAGGAGAGGGAGAGGGACAAACCCUGCUUCUGCACUGCUUUAACCCAGACCCUACGGUGGGCGUGGCCAUGCCAGGGUUGAUCCGAGCCGCAGCCCGGCGCAUCUACCAAGCGGAAGUGAAGGUGGAGGAGGCUCCGCCGACACGUCUCCGUGCGGUCAACGAGGACGGAGAAAUCUCGGAUCACUCGACCCCCUCGUCAUCUCCUUCCCCGCCCACUUUUUCAUCCCCCGCCUGUUUGUCGUUCCUCAUUCGGGAAGUUCGGAUCGUGUCAUCCUCGUCGCCCUCGUCCUCACGCCAGCUCUCACGCUCGCCGUUGGACCUCCGUAUCGGACUGAGCACGUUCUGCAGGGCGUUCCCGUUUCACCUUAUUAUAGGCUCCAAUAUGGAGGUUCUGCAGGUGGGGGUGGGACUAAAGAAUGUCGGCGAGGGGAUUCGGAAGCCUCACAGGACGCUGAGCUUUGGCGACAGCUUCCAGCUCGUAUCGCCCAGAAUUCCUUGCUCAUUCCAGAACAUUUUGCUGCGGCUGUCUACGCCGUUUACCAUCCGUACCCGGCCUGACCCGUCUGCUCUGGAAAGCAGGGAAAAGGUCAUGGAACUCAAGGGUCAGAUGAUCCACCUUCCCGAAUCGAACUCUAUCAUGUUCCUGGGCUCGCCCCGUGUCGAUAGGCUGGAGGAGCUGAUGGGGCGGGGCUUACACCUUUCAGACAUCCCUAUCCAUGACGCCACCCGUGAUGUCAUACUGGUGGGCGAGCAGGCGAAGGCUCAGGACGGCCUGAAGAAGCGCAUGGACAAGCUGAAAGCCACGCUGGAGCGAACGCAUCGCGCGUUAGAGGAGGAGAAGCGGCGCACUGUCGAGCUGCUCUACUCCAUCUUCCCUGGCCACGUGGCACAGAGACUCUGGCAGGGGCUUCCCGUCCAGGCCAAAAAGUUUGACGAUGUCACCAUGCUGUUCUCGGACAUCGUGGGCUUCACGGCCGUGUGUGAACACUGCACGCCCAUGCAGGUCAUCAGCAUGCUGAACGAGCUGUACACGCGCUUCGACUACCAGUGUGGGGUGCUCGACGUAUACAAGAUCGAAACAAUCGGCGAUGCGUACUGCGUGGCUGCAGGGCUCCAUAGGAAGUGUGUGUGCCACGCCAGGCCCAUCGCGUUAAUGGCGCUAAAGAUGAUCGAACUCUCGGAGGAAGUGCUCACGCCUGAUGGCAAGCCCAUCAAGUCCUUAAAUAAACCUCAGAGAAAGCAAGAAAGAAAGGAAUGGGGGUGGCAUGGAUCUGUUGAAGAGAUAUAAAUAGAGAAUAAAAAGAGAUAGAAAGAAGGGACCUUGAAUAGGGACAGAAAAAGAAGCAUCAAACCUGAGAGAAAGAGAGGGAGAUGAGGAGAGGAGAACAGAUUAUACUGCAGUGAUUAUAGAAGUGAACAGAUUAUACUUAUAAUCUGCAGACUAUUUGGACAGUUUAUUGUAAUAGAACACCACAGAUUAUUCUAAUAGACCACUGCAGAUUACAAAUAAGAUGUGGCGAAUAAAAUUUGAUUUGAUUUUAGAUUUGAUUAUUCUAAUAGAAAACUGCAGAUUAUUCUAAUAAAGCUUUAAUAAAACACUGCAGAUUAUUCCAAUAGAACACUGCAGAUUAUUCUAAUAGAACACUGCAGAAUAUUCUAAUAGAACACUGCAGAUUAUUCUACUAAAGCACUGAAUAUUAUUCUAAUAGAACACUGCAGAUUAUUAUAAUAGAACACUGCAGAUUAUUCUAAUAAAGCUUUAAUAGAACUCUGCAGAUUAUUAUAAUAGAACACUGCAGAUUAUUCUAAUAAAACACUGCAGAUUAUUCUAAAAGAACACUGCAGAAUAUUCUAAAAGAACACUGCAGAAUAUUCUAAUAGAACACUGCAGAUUAUUCUACUAAAGCACUGCAGAUUAUUAUAAUAGAACACUGCAGAUUAUUAUAAUAGAACACUGCAGAUUAUUCUGAUAGAACACUGCAGAUUAUUCUACUAAAGCACUGCAGAUUAUUCUACUAAAGCACUGCAGAUUAUUAUAAUAGAACACUGCAGAUUAUUAUAAUAGAAUACUGCAGAAUAUUCUAAUAAAGCACUGCGGAUUAUUCUAAAAGAACACUGCAGAAUAUUCUAAUAGAACACUGCAGAUUAUUCUAAUAGAACACUGCAGAUUAUUCUAAUAGAACACUGCAGAAUAUUCUAAUAAAGCACUGCGGAUUAUUCUAAAAGAACACUGCAGAAUAUUCUAAUAGAACACUGCAAAAUAUUCUAAUAGAACACUGCAGAUUAUUGUAAUAGAACACUGCAGAUUAUUCUAAUAAAACACUGCAGAUUAUUCUAAUGGAACACUGCAGAUUAUUGUAAUAGAACACUGCGGAAUAUUUUAAAAGAACACUGCAGAUUAUUCUAAUAAAGCACUGCAGAUUAUUCUAAUAGAACGCUGCAGAUUAUUCUAAUAGAACACUGCAGAUUAUUCGAAUUAAGCACUGCAGAUUAUUCUAAUAGAAUGCUGCAGAAUAUUCUAAUAAAGCACUGCGGAUUAUUCUAAAAGAACACUGCAGAUUAUUCUAAUAGAACAGUGCAGAUUAUUCUAAUAGAACAGUGCAGAUUAUUCUAAUAGACACUACAUAUUGUUCUAAUAGAACACUGUUUAUUAUUCUAAUAGAACACUGCAGAUUAUUCUAAUAGAACACUGCAGAUUAUUCUAAUAAAGCACUGCAGAUUAUUCUAAAAGAACACUGCAGAAUAUUCUAAUAGAACGCUGCAGAUUAUUCUAAUAGAAUACUGCAGAAUAUUCUAAUAAAGCACUGCGGAUUAUUCUAAAAGAACACUGCAGAUUAUUCUAAUAGAACAGUGCAGAUUAUUCUAAUAGAACAGUGCAGAUUAUUCUAAUAGACACUACAUAUUGUUCUAAUAGAACACUGUGGAUUAUUCUAAUAGAACACUGCAGAUUAUUCUAAUAGAACACUGCAGAUUAUUCUAAUAAAGCACUGCAGAUUAUUCUAAAAGAACACUGCAGAAUAUUCUAAUAGAACGCUGCAGAUUAUUCUAAUAGAACACUGCAGAUUAUUCAAAUUAAGCACUGCAGAUUAUUCUAAUAGAAUGCUGCAGAUUAUUCUAAUAGAACACUGCAGAUUAUUCUAAUUAAGCACCGCAGAUUAUUCUAAUAGAUCACUGCACAUUAUUCUAAUAGAACGCUGCAGAUUAUUCUAAUAGAACACUGCAGAUUAUUCUAAUAAAGCACUGCAGAUUAUUCUAAUAGAACACUGCAGAUUAUUCUAAUAGAACACUGCAGAUUAUUGUAAUAGAACACUGCGGAAUAUUUUAAAAGAACACUGCAGAAUAUUCUAAUAAAACACUGCAGAUUAUUCUAAUAGAACGCUGCAGAUUAUUCUAAUAGAACGCUGCAGAUUAUUGUAAUAGAACACUGCGGAAUAUUUUAAAAGAACACUGCAGAAUAUUCUAAUAAAACACUGCAGAUUAUUCUAAUAGAACGCUGCAGAUUAUUCUAAUAGAACGCUGCAGAUUGUUCUAAUAGAACACUGCAGAUUAUUUUAUUGAAGCAUUGCAGAUUAUUCUAAUUAAGCACUGCAGAUUAUUCUAAUAGAACACUGCAGAUUAUUCUAAUGAAGCACUGCAGAUUAUUCUAAUUAAGCACUGCAGAUUAUUCUAAUAGAACACUGCAGAUUAUUCUAAAAGAACACUGCAGAAUAUUCUAAUAGAACACUGCAGAUUAUACUAAUAAAGCACUGCAGAUUAUUCUAAUAGAAUGCUGCAUAUUAUUCUAAUAGAACACUGCAGAUUAUUCGAAUUAAGCACUGCAGAUUAUUCUAAUAGAAUGCUGCAGAUUAUUCUAAUUAAGCACUGCAGAUUAUUCUAAUAGAACACUGCAGAUUAUUCUAAUGAAGCACUGCAGAUUAUUCUAAUUAAGCACUGCAAAUUAUUGUAACAGAACACUGCAGAUUAUUCUAAUAG